AUGGUAAAGAAGGUCACCACAGCCAGGGGUGGAGCGAGAAAGCGCACUUCGGAGAAGCCUCCCGACAGUGACUCAGACGCUAUCAGCAGCGGCUUCGAAAGUGAAGUCAGCGAAGAUGAUGGAUCAAUUGAAGACUUUGCGUUCGACGCCAUCAAGUGGGCUUCCUACGACAAGACUUUUGGAAGACCAGGAUGGAGUUAUGCAGUCAUGUGGGGGGGAUACCUGAAGAGCAAAUCGGAUUCUUUCUGGAAAGACGUCCGGAAGAGGCAUCCGGAGCUUGGCAAGAUCAUAAAGGGCCAGAAAGAGCCACCUGGAAAGAUCGGCGAUUUCUAUGAACCCUCGGAUACCCUAUUACGACGUUGGUUCAUCGACUCGGCCCCGAGACGAAACUACGAUGCGUACAAGAAUCGUCCUUCAGGCCUCAUCAACCAGUACAAGGCUGUGCGCAAAGCCGACUCAGACUAUUACAUCAACAGACGGGAGAAGCGUCUCAUCGCGAAAGGCCUCCUCAAAGUCAAGGCGUCGGGUUACGAGGACGAGGGAGAACCACUUCCCAAAGCCUCCACGUCCCAUCGCGCAAAGGUCAAGCGCAUCGCCUCGGCCAGCCCUGAACCCUUCUUCGACUCCUCAUCAUCCCCUUUCCCCCAUGCACCCGGUUCACACCAUGCAACCCCUGCAGCCCGGUCACAAGGCAAAUCGGCCGAUUCUCCCUCGCGUUUCUCCCCAGAAGAGACAUCGGAGGUCGAUGCCUUCUUGGACGACAACCCGGCCUCUACGCUCUCGCCCGCCCUACACGGUCACAAGGAUCCCCCUCCAUUGCCCUCAACCAACGCAAAGCGGAAACGGUCAAAAUUAUCAUCUGACCCGGAUGAUGAUUCAGCGUCGGACACGGCGCCCAUCCAUCGAGUCUUCAAGAGAUCAAAGGGUAGAAGCCAGAGCCGGGAGGAAAGGGCGGGAUCCAAGGCCGGGAUAAGGGGCACAAGCACCGGCGCGGCGGGCAGGGGAGAAGGGAUCGGGGAGGUUCGAGGGGCAGGUCUGGGCGACGAGUCGGCCGGGAGAUCUGCACCGGGCGCCAGCUCGGCAUUAGAACCAAAAUCGCUCCCCGGUCGGUCCGGCAAAUCGGUAGUCCUAGCGAAGGUCGGUCGGAUACAGAAGAAGCGCCCUCCACUCGCGGAUGACACUACCGUCGCGUUCCCAGCUCAGCCUCCGCCUUCGGAUACGUUCGGGUCGCCACAAUCCGGCAUCUUCAACCUGGAUGACCCCACUGCGAGCGAUCCACCUCAAGCCUCGGCGAGUGAGGUCCGGCAUCGUCAAUCCCUUUUUACCGACACCGAUCCGGAUCGGGACACCUCGCCGGCAUUCCCGGCUAGCGGCAUUGGCGGCCGGGUCAAACAGGCUCCAGCAGGGCUCAAAGCUGCCAAGUCGGACGACGACGAGCCUCAGUACAUGUCCGGCGGACCAACGAGUGGUGGCGGGCCUAACGGAGCAGCUUCAGCUCCUACGGAACGGAAAAAGUAUGUCCAGCCCUCCAGGCUGAAAGUGAUCGAUAAGCUGGAAGACCCAACCCCGCACCGCAGAAUGGGGCGGUCCGGCCCUCAAGCGACCCCAAACGGCGAGUAUCACAUCCCGCGCGCGUUGCUAUCUCUCGGUAGUGAUCGCCCUCUUGGCCACCCUGCCGGCUCAGCGCCAACGUCCGGUCCAUCCGACUCACGUGCUGGAGCCAGGCCCACACCUGCCCCACCCGCGUAUCGGCCAGACAAGGACCCGCGACGUUCGGUCCUUCCAUCACGUCGGCCAGCGGUUCCUCACGACAGACAUCCCCUUCCCGCCCGGCCCCUACACUCCCCUCCCCUGUCACCAGCACAGGCGUAUGAUCUUCCUCCGCUUUCCCCCUCCAACCACGCCCAGCAGACUCCCCUCUCUCCCAUAUCCUUGGCGCCUCUCAGCCCACGGGAAAAUCCAGCCACCAAAAAACCGACCGAUGACGUCAUUCGGACCUGUUACGUCAUCACUUCCCUGAGCCCACUGGGCGAUGACGUCACAUGCGAAAUUGCUAUCUCUCGCGGCUCUUCCUCUGGAAGCGAUAGAGAAGCAUUAUCGACCUUCUUACAGCAAUGCCAGAAGAGAGUGUACUGCGAGAGGGUGGAGGCGUUCUGCUUGACGAGUCACUUGGGUCAUGGCGCUCAAAUCAUCGAGUGGGCGAAGGUGGAGUGUGGCAGCGCAGGGUCUGCCGAGGUGUUCAAGGCGAUCGAGGAUGUUUCUGCGUCCGAGGCUGGCCCCAUGAUGUUCGUGGCUUACUUUGAGGCCACGUCCGUCCGAAUCAGUCGCCACUACGCUUUCGUUCUCGCCUCUUCCCGCGUCGUCCGCGCUAGUGGUUGGAAGCUCGACUCGAGUCAGUACUCCCCUCCCGACGAUGGCUUGCUUGCACUGCUUCUGUCGCUACCGCUCGACUCGGCAUCGCCGCCGUUGCCACCCAACCCCGUCCGACCCGCCGAGACUUCGGGUCUUCCUUUACGUCGUGCUAUCACCCGCGGUCCUAUAGAUCCCAUCGCGUCCUACGGUGUCUCGGCCGACAGACUCGCGGAGUAUAGGGACAGGAUGAUCGAUUUCAUCCCUGCCGCGGCCGGUGUUGAAUUGAGCGACCUCCUCAGCACUGUGCGCGACGAAGCAGUAGUCGCCGGUGUCUCCAUCGCCCAGAACGGUCGGCUUGACGCAGCGGUAUCGGCAUUGAGCGAGAGGGAUGCUUGGUCAGCGAAGGCGUCGAUUGUGGCGCUCGGUCCGAGUCUGAAUCUCUUGCCGUCUCAGUGGCGGGAGACGCAGGUAUGGAAAGCCGGAGCGCUUGUCACAUUCUCCCCCUCCUUCAUACUCUCCUCACCCAACGAUUUCCACACCGCAAUGCGUAGCAUCUGGAACACUCCCAGCUGCGCCGCAUAUAUCCUUCCUGCCGUGAUCGAGUGGUUCAACGUGAGCUGGUGCAAACCUGAGCGGUGUCGUAGCCCCACGAAGACACUGGAUGCUCUCGUUCGAGCCCUCUCGCUAGACAAGCACCUGCUGCACCUUUCCUCGUCUGCUGCCGGAUCUUUCGGCGGACUCGCCGUCAGCAUCGCUCCUCCCUCGGUCCACCAACCGGAAGCAUCGACUCAGUGGGCUGCGUGGCUGCACAGCAUCAGCACCGCCGGGCGUUUCGAUACUCUCGUUGACCUAUGCCGUGGAGUCCGGCCUGGCCACUACAACUCCCUUCCGCCACACAAGCAGGGCGGCGGCGACGCGCAAAGACCGCCACCAGGCGACUUGAUAGAGGCAGAUAUCCAGCGUAGUCAGAUCCAGGAUCUGAUACGUAUGCGUAUGCGGCCGGAUGUACUGCCGUACCGGCGGUAUAUUUACGUUGGUGACGUGAGCUUUGGGGAGGAACGGAGGAAGGCGGUGGCGUCCAAGGGUAUCGAGAUAGUCCGACCAGCAGAUUUCCCGGCUGCUCUGGACAAGGCAGCGUGA